GCGAGACCAGCAGUGCACCCUCUACCCGCUAGUUGGAGGAACGAGUUGACCACGUAGUCACAAUGCUCGGCGACAUCAGCACCUUCGCUGCACCGGCGACCAUCAGCAAGCAGUUGGACACCUUGAAGACCGAGGUUCAGCAACUGCACCAGCUGCCCAACAACAAUGGCAAGACAAGUGCGCAGCACUACAAGAUGCCGACAUUCCGCAUCGAAAAGUUCAAUGACUAUACACAUCAAGACCCAGUCCCCUGGUGGGAGGGCUUUACGACGGAACUUCGGAUUCUUUUCGUGCCCGAGCACUCGUGCAUUGGCGCAUUGUUCCUCAACUCAAAGGGAGGUUGCCAGAUCUGGCUCAGCCACCUGGCAUCCAUUCACGGCGUCCAGGUCGCGGAUCUUCAUGAGAAGAUCUCUUGGGAAGAGUUGACAGAGCUAUGGAAGAAGCGGUUCAUCAUUGCCGACGCCCCGACACUCGCCAUCAAUCGCCUCUUCGCUAUGACCCAAGGCAACACAUCGACACGCGACUGGCUCACGGAAUGGCAAAAGAUCGCGGCAACGCCCGAUCUUGACUUGCCAUUUUCGCAUCUGCGCCGAGAGUUCUACAACCGGUCAUGUGCCGCCUUGAGCCUCACACUUGGUGAUCGCGAGCAAUACACAACCUUAGCCGAAAUGAUCGACGAGGCAAGGGAGAUCAUCAAGACCAGCAGGGCAGCUACACACGAGAAAUCAGCAUGGCAACCAACCUAUGUGGAGAAAGGAAAAUCUGGUCUGCGUCCGCAGCAUGUCGCUGCAGUCCAACCGGACAACAUUGUGGAAGACCCGGCAGCCACCCAAGCGUCACGUGAGGGAAAUCAGAUGGCUGCUGUCCAGCCGCGAAGCAACAACAAGUCCCGAGGAAACGGGAAGGCGAAAACCGCAUCGCCGGCCGGAAACGGACAGCCAACACCAUGGGUCAAGUUUCACUUGACCGAGGCAGAAUACAAGUGGCGCGACCGCUACAGUUGCUGCUAUUGGUGCAACAGCACCAAGCACAAGACCUCCCAAUGCCCGGAUCAAGGCAAGGAGGAUGUUCGGCCUCUCAUCAACUCGGGAAAACUGAGUUGCGCAGGAGGCGAGGCGACUCCACCUCUCACUCCGCCAGAUUCGGCCGCCUUGCUAGCGGCCUCCUACACAUCUGGGGAGGAUGCGAAUCUCGCAAGUUCUCGGUACACUUACGAGGACUAUGCUAUCCACUUGGUCCCACCGUUGGACCAACCACUCCACGUGCAACAAUCUACCGCAUGCACGGUUUCACUACCAUCGGCAAUCGAGUCGGCAGCUUCGCCGCCAUCUAUAGCCGGGGAUUCGACGACAUGGUCAAGACUUGAAGAGCUCGACCCGUUGACGUUUGCGGACUUCCAAUGGAUGCCCCUUCCCCGGWCCGGUCGAUUGCYGAAACCKCAUUGYAACGUGCUCAUGGCACAAUUGCGGGAUUACUUGCACACUGCAGUACCAACUCCGUUGAUGGACGCCGAWGUAGAGGUUGUCGACCUUCACGACUACAUUGWGAAGAUCGACCGCGAGUUCAAGAYACAACGGUACGACGACAUCGACGCACCAUUGUUAUAUGUACGCAUUCAGAUCGGAGAGGYGACCUGCAGCACUUUGAUCGAUUGCGGAGCAUCUCGCAACUACAUGAGCCARGACUUUAUGGUGACGGAGGAAGAAGAGGGGUUGGGGGUGGUCGGCUAUGAUGGACAAGUGUGGGCGAUGGAGGAAGAAGAAGGGUUGAGGGUGGUCGGCUAUGGUGGACGGGUGUGGGUGAUGGAGGAGGAAGAAGGGUUGCGGGUGGUCGGCUAUGGUGGAUCAGUGUGGGUGACGGAAGAAGACGAGGGGUUGAGGGUGGUCGGCUAUGGUGGACGGGUGUGGGCGAUGGAGGAAGAAGAAGGGUUGAGGGUGGCCGGCUAUGGUGGACGGGUGCGGGUGAUGGAGGAAGAAAAAGGGUUGGAGGUGGUCGGCUACGGUGGACGGGUGUGGGCGAUGGAGGAAGAAGAAGGGUUGAGGGUGGCCGACCAUGGUGGACGGGUGUGGGUGAUGGAGGAAGAAGAGGGGUUAGAGGUGGUUGGCUAUGGUGGACGGGCGUGGGUGAGGGAGGAAGAAGAAGGGUUGGGGGUGGUCGGCUAUGGUGGACGGGCGUGGGUGAUGGAGGAGGAAGAAGGGUUGGGGGUGGCCGUUAUAGUGGAUGGGUGUGGGUGAUGGAGGAAGAAGAAGGGUUGGAGUUGGUUGGCUAUGGUGGACAGGUGUGGGUGAUGGAGGAAGAAGAAAGGUUGGGGGUGGUCGGCUAUGGUGGACGGGUGUGGGUGAUGGAGGAAAAAGAAAGGUUGAAGGUGGUUGGCUAUUGGGGCGGGUGUGGGUGAUGGAGGGGGAAGAGGGGUUGGAGGUGUUCGAGAUUGGAGGAGCGGAGGUGACAGUGAAAGCUUAUCGGACACAACCUAACUCUUAACCCCAUGCCCCCUUUCUACCCCGGGCGCCCGACCACCUCAUACUAUUCUCGGAAGGCACCGGUCACGUGAAAGAGGAAGGACUAAGCAGGGCUACCAGAUUGCAACACACACACCUACUCAUACUGCUGGUCACCGGUUGCAACAAAGAGUAGGAGUGGGC